GCAAGUCUUUUGUUGAUCCAGACCUGCGCUGCCGCCUCACACACCAACAUGAAGACUCUACUGUCCGUCCUCCUCGUGCUGGUUGCCGCGGCCAACAGUGUGUUUUCUUGCUCGACGGCAAAAUGUGAAGCCAAGGCACUGAAAUGCCACACCUGCGUGUCCAGCAACAUGGACGAGUGCAACAAGCAGGGGUCCACCGUGUGCCCCAACCAUGCUGAUGCCUGCUCGACCAUCACUGGGCCCAACUCGGUAAUGAAAUCCUGCUCGUACAAGUCCUUCUGCGACAAGGCCCACAUGUCUAACGGAGCCGUCAAGCUCGAGUGCUGCUUCACUGACGACUGCAAUGGACCUCACCGCUCGCACAGCUACGGAAGCUUCAAUGGAGCCACGACUGUCGCCUCGAGCUCCACGCUCGUGAUGGGAGCCAUAAUUAUCCGACUGGCAGCCAGCGUUCUGUAGAUCAAAUCUUACCCUCGAGCUCUAGUAACCUAUAUACUUCCAUCCAGAAACAUAACUGGAGUAUAGCCUACCCGAGAAGCAUCAUUUUGAUAUAAUGAUUAUCAUAAGGAUGUGAGGAACAUGUAGCCUAUACUAUUAGUCUCUUUUUUAACAAAUGUGUGAUGUCAGAAGGAUGACUGAGAAAUGUAAUAUUAAAAAUAUCUGAAGGGUUUAUGAAAAAGUUAGACCAGAAUCUGAAAAUAUUCGAUAAAAUACUAUUAUUCUGCAGACGUAUGAUCUAUGUCUAGAAAGCCACUUUAUUAUGGAAUACAUUUUAAAGAGAAUGAGAAAGACUAUUGUAUGCCCAUGUUAAUAUUUAAAUGUACACUGCACAUCAAACAACGUGGAUACUUGGAACAACUUGCAUACGUGGAUUUUAUGGAUACUACAAUUCAU